CAGUCCGGUGCGAGAGGACUGUGCCCGGGGCCGUGGAAUUACUUUCUCCGGGAGUCGGAAUAGGACACCAGACAGCGCAGAUGAUGCUGGUCUUUCUGCUACCUGCCGUUGCUCUCUUACUGAGCACGCAAACGCCGGUCUCCGCUAACAACAACAACGACAAAUGGCUGAGCACUGUGGCCCAAUACAACAAGGACAGAUCCUGGAACCGAUUCAGAGACGAUGACUACUUCAAAAGCUGGGCCCCUGCCAAGUCUCUGGACCAAGAGCACCCACCGGAGUCUGGGAGGUCUGAGAAGCGUGGAUCCCGGGCCCAUUUAGUUGCAUCCAAGAAUCCAGUACAGGAGGGUCCAGAUGUAACCAAGCAGGAUCCUUGUCUGAAGGUGAAGUGCCCUCCUCACAAGAUUUGCAUAAGCCAUGAUUACCAGACAGCCAUUUGCACCAACCACAAGCAGCCAGGUCACAGUGUAAAAGCCAGGAAAGGCAGCUCAGGACACAAGCACAGAGCAGAAGCAGGUGCUCAUGGGAAAUGUAGGCUUUGCUCGACUCAACAGUCAACUCCUGUCUGUGGAUCUGACGGACACACCUACUCCUCCAAGUGCAAGUUGGAGUUCCAGAGCUGUCUCUCGGGGAAGACUAUACUGGUCCGGUGUGAUGGGCUGUGUCCCUGUUUGCCGGGUCACGAGGUCCCCAAACCGCAGCACAAACAGGACAAGAUCCAAAGAACUGAGAAGCGAGGGAAAGCAGAGAGAGCUGCCUGCACAGACGCAGAGCUGCACAGUCUGGCGGCAAGGCUCAAGGACUGGUUCGGAGUUCUGCACCAAGACGCCAACAGAGACCUCAAAUCCUCCGACAGUGUGGAUGCUGCCAACGGACAUUUUGACACCAGCAUCCUGCCCAUCUGUAAGGACUCUCUCGGCUGGAUGUUCAACAAACUGGACAUGAACUUUGACCUCCUGCUUGACCAGUCAGAGCUGAGUGCCAUCUACUUGGACAAGUACGAGCUGUGCAUGAAGCCUCUCUUCAACUCCUGCGACUCUUUCAAGGACGGAAAACUGUCCAACAACGAGUGGUGCUUCUGCUUUCAAAAACCCCAAGGCUUGCCCUGCCAAACAGAGAAGAGCAAGAUACAAAAUCAGAGUCGAAAGAAAAGCCUCAUAGGCGCAUACAUUCCCCGCUGUACUGAGGAGGGUUACUUCAAGCCGACCCAAUGUCACAGCAGCACCGGCCAGUGUUGGUGUGUGGACAAAUACGGCAACGAGAUCGCAGGAUCCAGAAAACAAGGCAACCCCAACUGCGAUGAGGACCAGGAGACAUCAGGGGACUUUGGCAGUGGCGGCGCUGUCAUUCUGCUGGACGACCAGGAAGAGGAGCACUCGCCGAGCGGCCGCAGUCGGCAGAAGAAGAGACGGGGCCGGAUCCACCCUCGUGGCGCCGUGGAGGACGACGAGGACGGGGACGAUGACAAAGAGGAAGAGAUUGGGUACAUUUGGUAGCUCCGCCCCCUUUUCUUCAACGCCAUCAGCCGACCAGGAAUCUCCCAAACGCAGCACAGAUCUGAAGCCAUUCCAGCGUGUCCUCCAUUUUCCUUUGGCCCAUCUCUUCACCAAUCUUUCUGUCGCAAGCUUGUUUUGAUCUCCGAACAUUUGCAAACGUCACAAAAAAAUCAUAGAUGUCAUGAACAGUGGUAGAGAGUCAAGCUGUCCACUGUCAAUGAUCUCAAAUCAACAAAGCCCCCAAAUAUCGGACCCUCUCUCACAUCUCUUUCUUUCCCCUCCUCUCUGUCGGUCUACGUGGACAUCUCAGAACAUCGUGUGCUCCCAAACACAUUAGCUGAUGUACCAGAUGUAAAUAUGUUCCUCCGGCUAAGGCAGAUUGUGGACUCAAAUUAACCCAAUCUUCCUUUAGACUUUCUCGACCAUCUUGUAUGUUUUACAAUAUCUCUGCCACAUCUGUCACAUCAUGGAGGAUUGUAAAUUAUUUCUUUGUUGAUCUUGAAUGUCCCGGAAAUGUCCAGGAAGCAAUGAGAUUAAAGCUGUAAUUGUCGUUGUUGUUGCAUGUAUCUCAUCGUGUAUCUGUAAAAAGAGAGAUUUACCUGGCCAGGUCUAGCUCUAUGCAUCUCCAACUGAAAGCGAUGCCUAAAAUGGCUGCUACGAUACUUUGUUGCUAUGUUGAUGCUGUCUAGUGUCUUUUUCAGUUCUUCUCCCAAUCUCAGGAGGUAGGAAGCGAGCAGAGCAAUUUGUAUAGUUGACUAGAUAUGAACUGUCUCUGCGUCUAUGCCAGUUUUUCUUUUACUCAGUGGUCAGUGGGGCUGCCUGUGUAUGGACAAUAGAGAGAGGUGCUUCUGAGC